AUGAAAAAAGAAUUUAAAAAGAUUCAAAUACAUCUAUUUGAGUAAUAUUAAAAGAUUUAAGAUAAACUGUUAUUGAAGUAUACAUGAUAUAGAAAAUAGAAUUCCUUAUUGUAAUCAUUUUAAGAUUGCUAAAAUAUUUAAAAUAAAUGAAAUAAAUUAAGGGGACAGUAUAAAAAUUGAUUAUUAUUAUGAUGGUCUUAAUGGGGAAUAGGUAAAAAUAAUAAUGAAAGAAUCUGAAGGAAAACUAGAAGGAUUUAUAAAAGAUUUCAAACUUGAGCUAUAAGAUGUAUUGAUGGCAAAAUAAGUUUUAUAAUGUCUUAUUGAAAGCUUUCAUUGGACAGCCAAUUUCGGGUAUUUUGAUACAUUAUAUUUAGGCAGUUUUUGGAUCCAUUUCGUGAAAAUUUAAUUUUCCAUUAAGAAUAAGACUUUUUUUUAUUAAUUCCAACAUUUACAGUGAUAACUAAAUAUAUUUUCUACAAUAAGUUUGAAUUUAGUUGGGAGAAAUUCGUGAAUUAUAGACUCAAUGUCUAUUAAAAUGUGGUAAUAAUUUAAAAUUAAUUAUAAUAGACACAUAUAUUUUUUUGUGAAUUUUUAGAUACUUUCUAUCCUUAUGUAAAGGAGUUAGAUGAAGAUAAAAAAUUUUAUAAAUAACAAUUUUAUGCUUUUCAAUUGAAGAGAUAGAAUAUUGAUGAAUUAUUUGAAUUGAAAGAAAAAUAUGCUGGUGUAGAUAGUCUGUAUUCAGAAGAUUUAAUUAAAAAGAAAUCAUGGAGAUAUAGCUUUAAAUAAAGCAUGAUUCUAUAUUAAUUAGAUUCAAAUGAAGAACUUCGAAAAUUAUUUUUAGAUAAAAAAAAAAUAGAUUAAGAAUUAUCUAAGAAUGGGAAAUAAUAACCUAAUAUUAAAACUUAGACUGAAAAUUUGCUUGAAUUUUUAAGAGCUUUACCAGACAUAAGAUCUGAGAGUCAUGAUGUAUUGACUAGUUUUGCAUAGAAAAUAAAAUAAUAUUUAGAUAGUAAAGAGGAAUUUAAAUAAUUAAAAAAUAAUGUAGCUGCAGUUUUUAGACCUAAUUAUAAACAUGUAGUGAAUAAUAAUAAGAUGAUUGAUUUUGCAAAGUAAUAAUAAUAAGAAAAAUAAAAAAUUGAUAAAUAGAAAAUUGAUAUUGAAUAAAAUAAUGGUUAUUUUGAUUUUGUUUGGUAAUCAGAUAUAAAUUCUUUGAAUAUAAUUUCAUAAUAUAUUCAAUCAUCAUUUAAUAGAAAUGGAGGGGAUAAUUAAUGUUCAAUGAAAUUAGGUGCUGAAGGUAAAUAGUUAAUAUUAAAAUAUAAAUUCGAAUUAUUAGAAUAGAAAAAUUGUUAUAUUGUUAGAACAGUUAUACCAGAAAUCAUGUUUACAAUAGAAACUGCAGAUGAUAUAAUGUUUUUAGUUAAUGUUAUAUAAAAAGAAUAAGGUUAAACAAAUCUUUAUGUGGAUGAUAAUAGAAGAUUGAUGUUAUAUUCAUCAAUUGUGAUGGUAAAAUUGAUAAUAUAUAUAUUUUAGGGAUACAAAAUAGAAAUAUUGAGUGCUAUAGUAAAGAUCAUAGAUAUACAUUAAAUCUAUUUUUAUUUAAUACUUGAAUUUUAUGCUAAGAAUAUAGCAGUAGGUAGAAGUGUUAGAGAAUUGAAAUAUUAACAUUUUGUAAGGGAAUUAUUACAUUAUGUGUAAGAUUAUGAGAAUGAUUUUGAGAAUUAGAUGAAAAACAUAAUGAGUGAUAAUGUUUAGAUUGGAUUUUGAAA